ACAAUCCAGUCAGUAGAGAGCUUUUCCAAAAAAUUGCGAAAGAAUCAUAUCUCCACGGACUGUGUAUGCAUAACGUAUCUAAUUGUUCUUCUGCGAGUGCAUUUCCGAUACUUUUUUCGAUUUUGUUCCACGUUGAUCGUGUAUGAAGCGCAUGCUCAGAUUAUCAAACGGUGCAGUUUUUGCUUUAUCAAGGAAUACAGAGAUUGACUUUCAGAGGAUUUUAAAAGGUAUAAAUAUGACCACUUCAUGGAGCGACAGACUGCAGAACUAUGCAGACCUUCCAGCCAACAUGGACGGGCUGGCCAUGAAGAAGUACCGCAGAGAGGCUUACCAUAGAGUUUUUGUAAACAGAAGCUUGGCCAUGGAGAAGAUUAAAUGCUUUGGCUUCGAUAUGGAUUACACUUUAGCCGUGUACAAGUCUCCAGAGUAUGAGUCCCUGGGCUUUGAGCUGACCGUGGAGCGCCUGGUCCACAUCGGUUACCCCCAGGAGCUGCUCAGCUUCGUCUACGACCCCGCCUUCCCCACCAGAGGCCUGGUGUUCGACACCCUGUAUGGGAACCUGUUAAAGGUGGACGCCUACGGCAACAUCCUGGUCUGUGUUCACGGCUUCAAUUUCCUACGAGGACCUGAAAUACGGGAGCUGUACCCGAACAAGUUCAUCCAACGUGACGAUAUUGAACGUUUCUAUAUCCUCAAUACUCUCUUCAACUUACCAGAGACCUACCUCUUUGCAUGCCUCGUGGACUUCUUCUCAAACUGUGACAGAUAUGCAAGCUGUGAGACUGGCUUUAAAGAUGGCGACCUCUUCAUGUCCUUCAAGAGCAUGUUCCAGGACAUCCGCGACGCCGUCGACUGGGUCCACUUCAAGGGCACCCUGAAGGAAAAGACAGUAGAGAACCUUGAAAAGUACGUAGUGAGAGACGCAAAGCUGCCUCUCCUGCUGAGUAGAAUGAAUGAAGUAGCUAAGGUGUUCCUGGCCACCAACAGUGACUACAAAUACACACACAAGAUCAUGACAUACCUGUUUGACUUCCCCCACGGCCCAAAGCACGGGACAUCCCACCGGCCGUGGCAGUCCUACUUUGACCUGAUUCUGGUGGACGCCAGGAAGCCCCUGUUCUUUGGAGAGGGAACGGUGCUCCGACAAGUCGACACAGCGACAGGGCGGCUGAAGAUCGGGACCUACACCGGACCCCUGCACCAUGGCAUCGUCUACUCUGGAGGUUCUUCUGACAUUGUGUGUGACCUGCUGGGGGCCAAGGGGAAGGACAUUGUCUACAUCGGAGACCACAUCUUCGGGGACAUCCUCAAGUCCAAGAAACGCCAGGGCUGGAGGACCUUCCUCGUCAUCCCCGAGCUGGCCCAGGAGUUGCAUGUCUGGACUGACAAGAGCUCGUUAUUCGAGGAAUUGCAGGGCCUGGACAUUUUCUUGGCAGAGCUCUACAAGCAUCUGGACAGCAGUAGUAAUGAGAGACCUGACAUCAGUGCUCUCCAGAGAAGGGUCAAGAAAGUGACCCAUGACAUGGACAUGUGCUACGGCAUGAUGGGUAGUCUGUUCAGGUCUGGCUCCAGACAGACUCUGUUUGCCUCUCAGGUGAUGCGCUAUGCUGACCUGUACGCUGCCUCCUUCAUCAACCUCCUGUACUAUCCCUUCAGCUACCUCUUCAGAGCUGCUCACGUACUGAUGCCCCAUGAGUCAACGGUGGAGCACGCACACAUCGACACGGACACCGAGUCCCCCCUGGCCACGCGCAACCGCCACUGCACUGACAGCAAGGACAUGGAGUGCUGUAGCAACAAGAACCGCAGCCAGCUGACCCGGUCCAUCAGUGAGAUCAAGCCCCCCAACAUGUUCCCCCAGACCCCCCAGGAGAUCACCCACUGCCACGAUGAAGACGACGAUGAGGAGGAGGAAGAGUAGACGGAGGAGGUGUGAUGGCGUGACCCGAACCAGGCUUGAUUCCUUCCUAGGAGGAGGAGGAGAGAGAGGAGUGAAACACCGUCUUGAUUCCUUCCUGAUGUUUCCCUGAGGGGGUUUUAGAGUAUAAAUACUUCUAGGAAGAUAUCAACUAUAAUGUACUCUCUAGUCCACAGUAAGAGUCCAUGUAGGAUACAUUGGAAUGAGGGGGAGGGGAUAUGGCCAGUGUAGUGUAUCUAUAGGAGAUUUAUAUAGAGAAAUGAAGCUACGUUUUAUACUAGAGAUGUACCAGGAUAUUAAGGUUUUAUGAAUCAGAUCAGACAACUGUAUGUUACUACAGUAACAGUUGCUGCUCGGUUUUCCAAAAACGUUGCCCCCGUGCCCACCCCUUUUCAAGUUUUACGUAUUCAAUGCUUGUUGUUUUUUCUAUGGAUUUUUAUGAUGAAAUGGGAAAAGGUUGACUUAAAGUUGGCAAUUUUUAAUAAAAAAAAAAAGAUUUUACAUUUUUUUUUUAGUUGAAGCUAAAACAGUUUUUACGGCAUAGGAUGUUGUAGCAGACAAAUAUACACGAAUACACACAAGAAGCAAAUAUUACGAACACUACUUUUCUCUGUACUGACCUUACACCGUGUCUGGUCAUGGAGAAUAAUUCCCUGUGUGUGUUUACAUAGUCUACCAUAAUGCAGGCAUCAUACUGUAGUUUGAAUGUGAAGCACUAAGAUGGAAUAGCCUUUGCCAAACUCUAUAUACUGUUUUGCUGUUCUCCUUUUGAAAUGAAAGAAAGUGUUCUAGCCUUUUGCUGUACCGGUGUUGACGCGUAUCGAGCAGCACGGCAAUCCAAAAAUAUGGUCCAAAAAUGUAUUUCUCGCUGGUUGUUAUUUUGGUCAUUAUUUUUGCAGUAUAAUUCCUCCCGUCGUGACCCUGCAUAACACAGCGUGUGUGUGUGUGUGUGCCCGGCCUUGGCCAAUCAAAAGUCGAGUUUGUGUCGUCCUGAGCGACUGUAACCAAGGCAUCCGUAAUUGUACUAAAGAACUGUGGUGUAUGUUUUGGGUUACACAAAGCACAAGUCUGAUUGUGGGUAACUGAUUGUCAAUAUUAGCUCGAUAUGCCAUGAAACGUGCUGUCGAUUUAAAGUAUGGUGCACAUAAUGUAAUCUGUGAUUCUGUGUGGUUAAUUUCAACUGACGUUUUGAAAUGCAUGAAAUGUUGUUUCUAGGCAACCGUGCAUACAGGGUACCGAUUAUGCUGCCUCUGUACAGAUGGGUCUAUGGCAACUGUGGACGGUCACAUAGGCCUAAUGCUAUUGAGAGGCUGUGACCCAGUAUUACUGUUCUCAUACAUGAUACUGUAAAAAGCAAGACAUUCAUCAUGCAAAAUACCAUUACAUUUUUUUUUUGUUCUCCUGUAGGAUGAUAUGAGAUAUUGAAACCUGCACCAUUGUUACACUAUGUGCAACUAACAUGCAGUAGUAGUUUUUUUUUUUUUUUACUCAGCUUGGAGUUCUCUUGAUUAUUACAUUGUAACAGUUGUAUUUGUCAUUGCAUAGAACCGCUUUAGUUAGAACUGUCAUUCACCCCUACCUAACCAAACCCUCAUUCCAUGUGUGAUAAUAUGGUCGGCUGUUUGCUAGUAAUUCUUUGCAGUUAACAUAGAGUGUACAGUAUGUUAUAGGAACAGACCUGGGUUCAAAUACUAUUUAAAAUGUUUCAAAUACUUUAGCCUGCUUGGAGUACCAGGUGGCCGAGUUUAACAUUUGUGAAAAAAAUGUUGGUUCCAUUGCUCCAGGCAAGGUCAGUCAAGCCCCAAUAAAGUAUAUGCAAUGAUUUUGAAUAGUAUUUGAACCCAGGAGGCCUUGAUAUGCAAAAAGGAAAUCCAGGUCAGCCUGGGGUGCUGUGACGUGUGGCAUUGUGUAGGCCUUGAGAAUGUACGGGCACCAGACAAGGAACCAACGCCUUGGCGAGAGGGCGUUUGUGUCUGACCGCUCCCAGAGAGGUUAGGUUGGGCCUGGGAAAAGGACAAGGGGCGCCCUCCUGGCUGGUGGGAAUAGCUUGUAGACUCACCCUAGCAGGACGAUGUAGUGUGGAAGAUGUAUAAAGGACUAUAGCUACAGUAUUCUGGAGUUUGUUGGAUCACUUAGGGGUAAAAAAACAAACACUGAAUGAUGCAAAGAAGCACCUGAUAUUUCCCACCAGGGUUGCAUUUGUUGUCUCCAAACGUGAGCAAACCUUUUAAUUUAAAAAUGGAAAUCGCAAUUGUUGAUUAGGCCCACAAUUCCACUGAAACGUUGAGAUACUUAAAAAAAAAAAGUUACUGGAAAAUAUUACCGAUUUGCUUAAUAUUAAACUUUCCUGUUUAGCAAUGGAAAUGCUUAACAUUUUCAGUUGUGUGUCCUAAUGAACAUGACCCAGAUGGUAUGCAGUGCGGAGGGCAGGAAAAUCUCUUCCAGGGCAGGUAUCUGUAAUAUCGUAUGUGUAUGCUAUGUAAAACAUGCGCAUCACCUUUUUUUUCUAAGGCAUGUAGUUGUGUAGCUAGAGGUUUCGAUUGGCCUGUUGAUUUGAGCUGAUGAAGGGAAGACCAAUAGCAGGUCUCUGUAACCUGGUGGUGUUUGCCGAGGCAAGUAGUAAAAAGGGGAAUGUGGGUUCAACUGGGGAUCUUUAAAACAGAUUCUACUCUUACUAAAAUUGUUACAGAGCAACUAUAUAGCGGUUCAAUAUUUUAUUACUCUCUGUCUAAAAGUAUAUCUUUUUAAGUAUUGAUUUAACUGGAAGUACCACAGAAACACCUGAGGCAGCUGUGUUCUUCACCUGGUUGGUUAGUCUUAGUCGUUGUUUUGGUCUCGUUACUGAAGAAUUCAUAAAUAAAGCUUGGUCGUUGGAGGACAUUUUGAAGUCCUUUUCUGUCAAAACACUUUACAAUACAUGUAUUUUCUAUGCAAUGGCGCAGUACAGUGCAUUAUACGUGUAAACUAACUUACUAAAAGGCUGGCCAGUGUAACAAAUGGCUGACGUCAAAGUUUGAUAACUGUUUGGCGAGAACUAGGUUAGGGCUACAACUGAUGUGGAACGAAAAGAAAACAUGUCCGUCUGGCCACACAAGUUCUACAAGGUCAUCUGUGUGGUAACAAUUGCACACUUAAUAAUUAUAAUAAUAAUAAUAGCCUUGCAGACCGGUAUGCUGAACAAUAGGCGAUGUUGAAGAGCAUGUAUUUACCUUGCAUCAGAAAUGGCACCUUUUUCAGCAACACCUUGUUUUUGCUGUUUUGUAUUUGUUUUUUCUAACCAGUGUUUUCAGAUUCUUAGUUUACAACAUUGUAUAUAAUAUAAGCAUUUACAUGUGGAAGAAAUGUUCCUUAAAUUCUUUCUUUUUUUCUUUGUUGUUUUUGGCAUUUUUUCUGGUUUCAGACACUCACUGAAGCCGUUCUAGUAAACAAACAGUAUGUCUGAGCGAGCUAAACAUGUCGGACAGGUUAAUGUCACCAUCCAUUUAUACAAAAUUUCAACAAUUGCAGACCGAGCGUGACAACUAUCACGCAUUCACUUUUUUUGUUUCGUGCAUUUACUUGGAUGUUCCUCAGCGUUUUGUUUCCAGAGUUAUGAUAUAAUGUGUCCAUUGGGGAAAUGACAUUUAUAUGUACAAUAAAAGCUAAUUUUCCAUAAUAA